AUCAACCAAUCUAAAACAAUGUACAAUGAUGACAACAUUUAACCCUAAACCAAAACCCAAAGCCUUCCCUUAAGCAGAGUAGGGCAUCAUUUUUCAUAAUCCCAUUCCCACUUCCCCACAAAUAAAUUACUAUACUAAUUAUAUAAAUUAAUAAUGGGUAACUUCCCGCCAAUCAAUAUACUAUUUUAAUUCAUUUUGUCUCCGCAACCCCAAGCCCGACAAAUAAAAAACCAAAUAUUUUACUAACUGUAUAUUAAAAUUUCAGCUUUGUUCUUUUAACACCUUUACCUCUCUUCUUUCUUUCUUUUGAUUUUUUUUUUUGUUUCUUCGAGACUUUUGAUCAAACGAGUGGCACGAAUAGCAUUGCCAACUGAGAAAUCAAGAAACAUUUUCCUCUUUAGCUUCUUUGAUCUUUAACUUCUUCUGGGUAUCUUUUAUAUUGAUGAGAAAUUAAGGAAAGAGAAAGAAAAGCAGAGAGGAAAAUGGAAGGAGCAGAGUUGGAGUUGGAGAGGAGAAGCAAGUUUUUGAACAGUUUGAUUCAAAAGAAGAAGGCUAUAGAGCAACAAGACCAAACUGAACGUCUCAAUGUUAAAGUCAGAGCUUCUGAUAUGUCUUUAACUCUUCAAAACAGGGCUUUUAGAUGUGCUCGAGACCAGCUUGACUCUAUGCCUGGAAAGCUUGACAGUAAACGUCUAGCCCUUGCGCUUAAAAAGGAAUUUGACUCGACCUAUGGUCCUGCUUGGCACUGCAUUGUGGGAACUAGCUUUGGCUCAUACGUCACUUAUUCACUAGGAGGUUUCUUGUAUUUUUCAAUUGACAAGGUUUACAUUCUUCUCUUCAAGACUGCUGUUGAGCCUUUAGACCAUUGAUGGUUUUCACAGAUUUGUGUUCUACACGUUUCUUGUAUUGGCAACAAAUUUACAAGUUUCCAAUUUAAAGUUACAUGUACAACGACAGACUGCAAAACUGAUAAACGUAUGUAUUGUUGGUUCUACAAUUUUUAUGUUGUAUUGCUGAGUGCUAAAAGCAUAAAUGAGUGAUAGGUUCUGGCAGUUUCCUUC